AUGUGGGAAACGGGCCGACGAAGCGCAACUCCAUGUGGGAAACGGCGCCUGGCAUCCCUAUCAGUGGACGACCUCGUGCAUCCCUCCGACCCUUCCCCCUCCCCCCUUCCCCUUCUCGUCCUCCCUGCUUUUCGUCCCCCCCAACAGGUACAUCACGCGUUGCAACUGUCGUACAUCACGCGGUGCAACUGCCGCGAGCUUAACUCCAUGUGGCAAACGGACAAGGCGCGGAAAUCCCUACGCUCGCGCAAGCACCUGGCAGCCCUCUCAGUAGACGACCUGGUGCAUCCCUCCGACAUCGCCCGCUGGUUCCGCCCCCACGUGCUCUCCGCCUUCCUCCACCACUACUCCUCCUCCUCCCCGGCCUACCACACCGCACGCCGCAAAACCCUCUCCGACGAGGCAGGCUCAGAAACCGGCGCUGCUGGUGCUGCUGGUGGUGCUGCUGCUGGGGAGUUUCAACAUGUGGGUACGGCGGAGAUGCGGCGGCGGCGGCGGCUGCUGCUGCGGCUGCGGGACCGGUUCGAGCGGAUCCGGCUGGCAGGGCCAGGGGAUGCGCAGUGGAUGAAGCACUUAAGGCCUGCUUUCAGUGGCAGGCUGGUGGGGGAUAGCAGCCGGCUUACUGGCACUUCCACUCCCACUAAUAGGCUCAGCUCCUCCGAAGCUGGCUCUAGGAGGCUCGGCACCCCCGAGGCUGGUUCACGGAGGCUUGGGACUCCCGAGGCUGGCUCCAGGAGGCUCGGCACCCCCGAGACUGGCUCGCGGGGGCUCACCACUCCCGAAGCUGGCUCGAGGGCCGUUUCGAGGAGGCUCGGCACGCCGGAGCUAGGUUCGGUGAGAAGAGUGACGGCUUCAAGCUCAGCCGAAGGGGGAGAGGCACGGUUGGUAGACUUAGGCGCGGCAGCAGAAAGAGCAGCAGCAGCAGGAGGAGGAGGAGGGGGAGCAUCACCGAUGCCAGCGUUUUUGUCUGCAUCAGGGAGGUUGGAUGUGACAGGGACGGGUGCAACUGGGGUGGGUACACCUGGGAGGGGCACACCUGGUGGAAGCACGCCUGGGGGAGGUACACCUGGGCGUGGCACACCUGGGGGAGGCACACCUGGGGGAGGCACACCUGGGCGCGGAGUGGCACGAUUUGGGUCUCGCAGCCUAUCAAGACGAGAACGGUGGGUGCAGCCUGAGGCCAGUAGAGGUGAUGCGAAUAGAGGUGACGUGUCUAGGGGUGAUUCGUUUAGAGGUGAUCCGUUUAAAGGUGAUCCGGUUAGAGGUGUAGGGGAAGGAGCAGGGGGAGGGGGAGGAGCAGGAGGGGGAGGGGGAAGGGGAGGGGGAGGGGGAGUGGGUGAGGAAGGGAUGGGGGGUUUGGGAGCGGUGGAAAUGGGAGUGGGAGCGGUGGGAUGGGAUCCAGAUGAGGAGGACGAGGAGAGAAUGCUGCUGGAGUGGCCGCCCAGGCUGGACCACCACGUCAGCUGGACGGCAACUAAUGCCGCGGGCGGCGAGAUUGAGCGGCGGGGUUUGUCUGGUAGCGGAGGAGCGGAUGUUCUGGUGAAUGGGGAGGGGGAGGGGGAGGAAGAGGGGGAGGAACUGGAGAGGAAUGGGUGGCGUGAUGAGGAGGAUGGGGAAGACGGGGAAGAGGGUGAGGAUGAGGAGGAGUGUGAUGGGGAUGAGGAGGAGGACGGGGCAGAUCUCGAGGAGAGAGCAGAGCAGCGGCGGCAUCAGCAGAGAAACCAGGCCGGGCAAGGGGGACAGGGAGGAGGGGGGGGUUACGGAGGCGGGUACGGGGAGGGCCAGGGAGGCCAGGGCAGGGAGGGCGGGGAGGGAGGAGACGGAGGGUACGUGGAGGGGCAAGGCGGGCAAGGUGGAGAGGGGGGCUACGUGGAGGCGAGGAUGAACAUGGCGGAGCUCACGCUGCUCUUCCAGCGCCACCUCGCUCUCCUCGUGCGCUCCGAGGCCCUCCGCCGCCCCACCUCCCUCCGCCUCCUGUUGCGAUCGGAAGCGAUCCCGGAUCUUCUAGCCUGGCUCACGUCGCCCCACUGUGAGGCGGAGGACCAGCAGGUGCUGAGGGAUGUGGUGGCAAUGAUGCGGUCGGCAGCGGUGGAAGAGGCAGGCAGCCUGCACUGGCCCCGCGGCUUCUGGGCCUUCUUCCGCACUCACUCGGUGCUGCACCGCGCCAAGACCUGUGUGCAGCCUUGUCUGCCGUCAAAGCCGCUGCUGGAAGAUGACAUGUAA